AAUGCAAAGCAAAUUGUUAAAAUGGUUUAACUUAACGACCGUGGCGCUAUCUUCACUCGAACUCUUCUUGCUCUGGCAGCUGCCACCACCACCAAAAAGUAAGGAAGAGAAGAAGAAAGUUCGUUUCUUUUCGUUCCCAAUAUAGAAGUAGCAAAGUUGUUAGAUCCGAUUCUCACUCCCAUCUCCUCUUCUAAGAGCUAUUCAUCUCGGAUCUGUUCGUCCCUCCAAAUCUAAGAGCUACUGUGUUGUGUGAAAUCUCACGUUUUGGAACUUAAUACAUUAAAAAAAGGCGGAAGGCAAUGAGGGGAAGAACAGAGGGAGGGAAUAAGAAGAAGCCAGUGAUUGUUCUUCUCUGCGUUGCAGCGGUUGUACUUGUUUCUGUAUACCUCUUCUUUGGCUCCUCUAGCCACGCUAUUGAGUACGGGAGGAAACUUGGGUUGGGUGGUGAUGCCACCGAGAAGGAAGAUGCUUCUACCUCCUUUUAUGUUGACGAUGACGCCAAUGGUUUCACUCCAAGAAGCUUUCCUGUGUGUGAUGAUCGACACUCGGAGCUUAUCCCUUGCUUAGACAGGAACCUCAUUUACCAAAUGAGAUUGAAGCUUGACUUGUCUUUGAUGGAGCAUUAUGAACGUCACUGUCCUCCUCCUGAGAGGCGGUUCAACUGCUUGAUUCCUCCUCCUCCAGGUUAUAAGGUUCCGAUCAAGUGGCCGAAUAGCAGAGACGAAGUUUGGAAAGUGAACAUUCCUCAUACUCACCUUGCUCAUGAGAAGUCUGACCAGAACUGGAUGGUUGUCAAAGGAGACAAAAUCAAUUUCCCUGGUGGUGGCACUCAUUUUCACUAUGGUGCUGAUAAGUAUAUUGCAUCCAUGGCCAAUAUGCUUAACUUUCCGAACAACAUUUUGAACAACGAAGGAAGGCUUAGGACGUUUCUAGAUGUUGGCUGUGGUGUUGCAAGUUUCGGUGGGUACCUUCUUGCAUCAGAUAUUAUGACAAUGUCCUUAGCACCAAACGAUGUGCAUCAGAACCAAAUUCAAUUUGCUCUUGAGAGAGGGAUUCCUGCAUACCUCGGCGUUCUAGGAACAAAGAGGCUCCCAUACCCAAGUAGAUCCUUUGAACUUGCACAUUGUUCACGUUGCAGAAUCGACUGGCUUCAGAGAGACGGUAUCCUUCUUCUCGAGCUAGACAGGGUGCUGAGACCUGGUGGCUAUUUUGCAUAUUCAUCUCCAGAAGCAUAUGCACAAGACGAGGAGGAUCUUAGAAUAUGGAGAGAGAUGAGUGCUCUUGUGGAGCGUAUGUGUUGGACGAUAGCUGCUAAAAGGAACCAAACUGUGAUUUGGCAAAAACCAAUGACAAACGAUUGUUAUCUGGAAAGAGAACCUGGAACCCAGCCUCCUCUAUGCAACUCUGACAGUGACCCUGAUGCUGUGUAUGGUGUCAACAUGGAAGCUUGCAUUACUCAAUACAGUGACCAUGACCACAAAACCAAGGGAAGUGGAUUGUCUCCAUGGCCAGCUCGAUUAACCUCUCCUCCACCUCGGCUAGCUGAUUUUGGAUACUCCACUGACAUGUUUGAGAAGGAUACGGAAACUUGGAAGCAAAGGGUAGAUGCUUACUGGGAUCUCUUGAGUCCUGCAAUUCAAUCAGACACUGUGAGGAACAUAAUGGACAUGAAAGCAAACAUGGGUUCUUUUGCUGCUGCUCUGAAUGACAAAGAUGUUUGGGUUAUGAAUGUUGUUCCUGAAGACGGACCUAACACGCUUAAACUUAUAUACGACAGAGGCCUGAUGGGUGCUGUUCAUAGCUGGUGUGAAGCAUUCUCAACUUACCCUAGGACUUAUGAUUUACUCCAUGCUUGGGACAUCAUUUCCGAUAUCAAGAAGAGAGGUUGCAGCGCAGAGGAUUUGCUGUUGGAGAUGGAUCGUAUACUUCGCCCAAGCGGGUUCAUACUCAUAAGGGACACACAAUCCGUAGUUGAUCUUGUGAAGAAGUAUCUCAAGGCUUUGCAUUGGGAAGCAGUUGACACAAAGGCAACCUCAGAUUCAGACACUGUUAUACUCAUUGUCCAGAAGAAGCUCUGGUUGACAAGUGAGAGCCUCAGAGACCUGGAGUGAUGAUCAUUGAUUAUAAUGAGGACAAAAAACAAGAUCCACAGAAGAUCUUCUUUAUUGAGAUCAUCUAAUCAAAGCAUACAACGAAGAAAAUUUCGUUUUAUAGCGGCAUUUAAACAUAUUUCUUUCUGUUUAUUGUUUUCUUUAUUUUACAUAUUCAUAUAUGUUCUUUGUAUGGUUCAGUAGAGAUGACUCAGUUUCCUAUAAACUAUAACUUUUUGGAUGCAAUUAGAUGUAUACGUUCACUCAUUGAAUAAUAGCUUAUAUACACCCA